CGCAGGGAAGUUCAGUUCGGGGGUUUUAUGUUCUCUCGUUAUUCGAAGUUUAUACAAAGCUUAAAUCAUUGUCAACUUACAAUUGGUAGGACAAUGUCGAGCGGACUUUCUCAGAAACUGAAACGAGCAGCAAGUAAACCUGCCGGUAAGAAAUCUGCAGAGGGAAAUGAUGACCCAUCUAAAUCGCCUUAUUUUUCUCCACGUAAAACGAGAAAUAAAAUCAAAAUUGAAUAUGAGAAACCUUCAACAGUUCCUCCCAAGAAGAAGUCUUUAACAGACAAAAUACCUGCAGAGACGAAACAGGAAAUAUCUCCUAAGAAUAGUACAAAACGUUCGAGCACAAGUCAGGAAGAGCAUUCCGACAAAGCGGAUAUAAAAAAUUCAAAAUGGGAACCAGCAAACUGGCAAGAAAUCAUCGCGAAUCUGAAAAUUAUGCGUAAGAGUAUUCCAGCGCCUGUUGACACAAUGGGAUGCCAUAAAUGCUCAGAUGAAAGUGCUGAUGAAAAGACCCAGCGUUUCCAUAAGUUAAUUGCACUUAUGCUAUCAAGCCAAACAAAAGACCAGGUUACUUUUGAUGCCAUGAAUCGCUUGAAGUCCCGAGGAUUGACACCGCAAAAUGUGAUUACAUGGAAAGCUUCAGAGCUGGAAGACAUUCUAAAGCCAGUCUCGUUUUACAAAAAUAAAGCUAGGUUCAUCCAAAAAACUGCCCAGAUAUUAAUCGAUCAGUAUGAUGGCGACAUUCCGAAUACCCCAGAAUAUUUAAUGAAAUUGCCAGGAGUUGGUCCCAAAAUGGCUCAUAUAUGCAUGAAUACUGCUUGGAACGUUAUUUCAGGAAUAGGCGUCGAUGUCCAUGUUCAUCGCAUCUGUAACCGUUUGAAAUGGGUACGUAAACCAACCAAACAACCUGAGGAUACCAGAGUUAACUUAGAAAGUUGGCUUCCAUCAGAGCAUUGGAGUGAAGUAAAUGCUCUUUUGGUUGGAUUCGGUCAAACAAUCUGCGCACCAAUCAAUCCCAAGUGUGAGAUUUGUUUGAAUAAUCAGAUAUGUCCGUCGGCUACACUUUCUAAAAGUAAAAGGUCUGCGAAAUAAAAUCAACAAAUUACUAACUUCAUUGGACGACGGCCACUUACCUGGAUAAUUCAGUUUAGGAUCUGAGUGUAUUGUUUCUGAUGAAUGAAUUUAUAAUAUAAUAGUAAGUAAAAUUUGGAAUUUAUCUUGAAAACGUCUCUUUAAAUAGAACUAUUACCUGCAAACAGCAAAAUUCAAAUAAAAAAUGUUUCCAAAUAA